GGUGGAACCUGAAGUUUAGCGAUGUUGUGGUGAAUGGUUCCGUGUGCGUGCUUAGCUCGUUAUAUGAAACAAACUGACGAUCAUAUCGCCUUAUUUAGGGGACUCCGGGUUUCCGUAUUACUUUGGGAUUAAAUAUCCUCAGUAAGGGAUGGAGAAAGCAAAACAGGAGGCGUUUGACAAUGCAAGACUUCAGGUCAUUAAAGAUGGCUACGAAAGAGCCUUCGAGUGUAUUAACAGAGGCUUGACGGAGGACGAGAGAGGCCGGAAAGAACGGGCGCUGGAUAUGUACCGGCAGGGCCGGCAGCAUCUGCUCCGGGCGAUUAGCGUGCCCUCCCAGGGGGAGGAAUGCGAGGGUCCUGCUUGGGACUCAGCCCGGCAGAUGCAGCGCAAGAUGCAGGAGACCCUAAAUAACAUCACCACCCGCCUAGCCGUGCUGGAGACCACUGCGGACUCGAGGACGGUCGCAGCCAACGGGGCGCUUGGCGGAGGCGCUACGCAGCAGAUGUACCCUCGGCUGCCCUCCAAGGAGAAACCGGGAAGACCCCCCUCACCCAGUGUCCGCUUCUCCAGUGACCAGCCAGCUGGGGCGGUGGGCGGGGUAACUUUAGGAGGUCACGGGCUCCCGGGGGAGCAGCCCCCAGCCUAUUCCCCCCAGGCGGCGGAUGGACACCUCUCAAUUUCCUACGGCACUGACUCCGGCGAGUUCUCCCUGGUUGGAGACGAGUUCUACACGCAGGCUUCCAGGAUGGCAUCUGCACCGCAGAGCCUAGGCGAAGAUGGAGAGGAGCUCUUAUUUCUGCCUCGGGGGGUGCAGAUUUUUUUUGUCUCCCCUGACGGUCAGGUCAGCGCACCUUCGUACCCGGGCUACCUGCGGAUCGUCAAGUUCAGUAACGAGCGCUCGGAGAGAACCCCAAACCGGCCUCCUGCCUUCCUGCAGGUGUGUGACUGGCUGUACCCGCUGAUGUCCAGAGACUCUCCUGUUCUUCUGUGUAACACUGGAGUCUUCAUGUUCCCAGACAUGAUGGCCCCAGUGUCAGGUUCCUACGUGGGUGUGGUUCUAUCCUCAGAGCUGCCUUUGUCAAGCAGGGAGCUGUUUCAGGACCUCCUCUCACAGCUUACUGACCUGAAGGUCCAGGCCCCAGGUGAGCCAGGAGAUACCAUGAACCUCAGCCAAAAGGUCCCCUUCGCCCCCCCAAUCCCAGUAGAGGGGCCUGCAGAGGAAGAGAAGUCAAUUCCAGAAUGGAGCGAGAAGGUGGCCCAUGGAAUCCUCACCGGUGCUUCAUGGCUGAGCUGGGGAUUGGUCAAAGGAGCAGAAUACACCGGCAAAGCCAUCCACAAGGGGGCGUCCAAACUGAGGGAACACAUAACACCAGAGGACAAACCUGCGGCAGUCAGCCCCACAGUCUCCAAAGGGCUGCAUGUUGCAAAGCAGGCCACUGGGGGUGCUGUCAAAGUCAGUCAGUUUCUUGGUGAGAGAGGAGUGGAUGGUGUUUGCAUGGUGGCCGGCUGCGUGGGCCGGGAGCUGGCGCCCCAUGUGAAGAAGCACGGUCUGAAGCUGAUCCCAGAGUCGAUGAAAAAGGACAAGGACGGGAAGUCCACCGUCGACGGGGCCCUGGUGGUGGCUGCCAGCGGCGUACAGGGUUUUGCGACCAUGUGGAAUGGCUUAGAAGAGGCUGCCAAGAACAUCGCCAAGAGUGUAGCGUCUGAGACCGUCACCACUGUGAAGUACAAGGAGAAACAGAGAUCCGACAAAACUGUUUGCAUCCUUAUCAUCCCAGAGCUUGGAUCAGACAUCCCAGUCGGGGCUGCUGAUUUUGUCCUGACCCAACCAGUAACCGUGGAGAAGAUGGAGAAGGUCCUAAGAGGCUGUCGGCUUGUUACCGAGCGGGGCCAAAGUGACAGUAGGUGCUCCAUGACUGGGAUGCUGGAGCCGAGCAGACAGGAUUGCCGAGGACAGCGACGAGGGGAAGGUGCUUCUGAGCACGAAAGCUCUGAGGGUGAUGAUGGAGGAGAGCCCUUUGAGAUACCCUGGAGGUGUGACUCCCCCCCAGUUACAGAAAGCAACAUGCAUGCGCUGCUGCACUCCCAGAAGGAGCAAAGGAGGAGGCUUCAGAUCAAAAAUUGCUGCAGUCGUCUCCGGGAGUUGCUGCCGUUCGUCAGCCAGCGGCUGGACAUCGCAUCCAUCCUGGAGCUGACGGUGUCCUACGUGGGCUAUCUGCAGCAGCGCCUGCCAGCAGACAUUUUGCAAAAGGUAGUCAAAACUCUUGAGGAGACCAAGCCAAAUACCUGGUAUAAGUCUGCCAAAGCUCCCAGAAAAAGAAAACAUGCACUGAAAGAGAAAUCCACAAUCAAACUGACUUCAGCUGAUGAAGAUUUUGCAGAUGAUUUCAUCGCAGCCCACGUUUUGGGGAGGCACAUCCGGCCCAGGACCGGGACGAGUCUGGCCCCCUGCCCUGUGAUGGCUAGCCAGCUGUACGUCCCGCCUCUAGACCUGAAUCCUACCUCUGCCCAUGGCGCCAUGUGGCAGCCCACCUGUCCUCCAUUCAGUAACCCCGUGCUGAUGACUGAGGCCUGUGACCCACCAGAGUAUAUAUAUCAGCCACCUUCUAUCUUCCUAACGGGGACCACAAAUGCAACAUUUGCCCCCCAACUAAGUCUCGACCCAAACUCCUCCCACCCAGGAAUGUUAAACCAGUUUUCUAGCCUGCCAGCCGUAUUAGAUCAGAACUCUUCUCCACUGUCUGGGCUAGACCCAGCUUGUCCUUCUGGUCCUACAAUCAUGAUGAAUAAGAGCUUCACGGUUACGGCCGCCCCGGAUGAGCUGUCCAACCCUGCAGCGGUCGUUACCCAGCCAUCCCCUCUGCUGGCAGCCCCUGAAAGUACUGCAGAGACCAGCUCCUUUGCUCCAGCUACCUCCUGGAUGGAGCUCCUAACAUCACAGUUGGUCCAUGAACCUUCCAGCCACGUUCUGCCAAGCUACAACCCUUUCUUUGGGCUCAGCAAUGCGCCCCCUCCACUUCAGAACCCCAACCCUGGGUUCCAGCUCUCUCCCUGCUUGAUCUCUAGCCAGGCCCAGUGGACUUCUAGUGAGAGCCCACACCGUUCUGCCAUGGCCCACCCUCCGCAAUGUUUUUCCCAGGAUUCAGUGCUUCUUGACUCGCCUCAUGCUCUUCAUGCACAGAGUCUAACCAGCCAUUCAGGCAUGGCUCACACGUCAGUAGAAACCCCCAGAAUGGAAUCGCACAGUGAGCAUCACACAGAGUGCUGUGAAACCAGCUUGACUGAUGCAAACUUGUAUACAGAUAAAGACCUCACCUCAGUCUUCGAUGAAUUGGUGCCAGUUUCUUUUGACAGCUAUUGAAAUGGCAGGUCUCUUCGUGACUUGGAUCUAAACCCUGUGUCCUGCAUAAUUUUUAUGUUUUUUUUUUUAUUCACCAGUAAAGUGUAGACAUCUUUCUUCUUAAGCAGUGAGUGGGUUAGGUUUGCUUCUUUUUUUUUACAUUUUUACACUUGAAUGCUUUUUGUUUUUUCAGGACAGAAUUGAAGCGAGGGAGCCAUGUACAAAAGGUGUUAAUCUAUAUGCUGCCUUUAUUUUCCCAUUUACCAUUGUUGCUUUAAGCCUAUUUGCCAAAAAUAAAUGUGGGUAAAGUAGCCAGAAA